AUGAGAGUAUUACCUAAUGAAGUUGAUUUCGCAAAAUUUUUAUUAUUAGUUGGUGAUGGAACUCUGAACGAUCAAUGUGACAAUUUAAAUUUAUCCGAGCAUUGUAUCUUAAAUCAAAAUGAUGAUGUUGUCUGCAGAGUGUUUCAAAGGUUAAUUAUAGAAAAGAAAUUUGAUGUUAUGAGUAAAUGUGCUAUAUUAUCAGCCCGAAAUGUGGAUGUUGAUGAAUUAAAUAAAUUAGUUACCGGUUUACUAGAUAGAGCAACAGAACAUAUAUAUACUGCAAUUAACAGUACCGAUAAUUGUGAUAAUGGUGAUUUCCAAGAAAUAAUCUUACCGGAAUAUUUGAAUAGGUUACAUCCUUCCAGUUUACCUUCAUAUGAGCUACGAUUGAGAAAAAAUUGUAUUGAUAUGCUGAUUAGAAAUAUAAGUAUACACGAAGGUUUAUGCAAUGGUACACGUCUACGAGUAUUAGAUUUUUUGAAUCAUCUAUUGAAAUGUCAAGUUUUAACAGGAGACAAAUCAAAUAGUAUUGUAUUUUUAAAUCAUAUUUCAUUAAUUUGCGAAAAUGAAUACCCAUUUACAUUCAGAAGACGUCAAUUUCCAAUAAAAUUAGCAUUUACUAUGACAAUUAAUAAAGCUCAAGGUCAAACAUUUGAUAAGAUUGCUAUUGAUCUUCGAAGAGAUGUUUUCAAUCAUGGACAAUUGUAUGUAGCAAUAUCUAGAGUACGUUCAUGGGAAACACUCAAAAUUUACCUAGGGAAUCAGCAACGUGAUAGUUUUACAAUUAAAAACUAUGUCUACAAGGAACUUUAUACAUAA